AUGGUCGAACUUGGUCAGUUUUCAAUUUCCGUCCCGAUGCGCACACCCACGUCGCCCCAAACUGACCUCCUCCCGACCAAGCGGCACUCGUGCAAGAUGACCACUGCCCCCAAGUACAAGAUCGCGCCUGUUGGCGGCAGCUCGCGCAACCGCCCGUCACAGUCUGUCUUCGACAUUCCGUAUGCGUUGGACGGGAUCAAAUGCCAGGAGCCGUCGCUCGAGCCAUCGCCGUUUGUGUUUCACCCGUCAAACGAGUAUCAAUUGCACGGCGUGGCGGUCAAGCCCCAGUCGUCGGACAUUGGCGCCUCGUCCUCGACGUUUCCCACGACGGCGAGCCACCCCACGACGACGCUGUCGUCGAUCUCUCGAUUUCAAAUGUACUACCACUUGCACAAGCAGCACACCACCGAGGCUCCUGCGACGACCAGCCACCGCCGCCGGAACGCCUCGUCCAUUGCGUUUUUGCUCUCGUGAGCCGACACCGCACGGAACCACCCAACUUAUUAAUGCACCCUAAUAUUAUCUCCAUUGACACCAUUGUCCA